CAAAAUACUCCUUCUAUUAAAGGCAGAUUGGUUACUACAAACAAGAAGCUGGAGCAUAGAAGCAGCUGUCUGGUUAUAAGGUUGGCUAGGAUACUUUUUGUCUUUUGAAAGAAAUCGUUUCAAAUUAAAAGUUUUCUCAUUGUAGUGCUUGGAACAAUGGAAGAAGGAAUUGUAAGGCACUGGACUGCUACGCCUGUUCGCUACCAGCACAAGUUGGCGGGACGGGAUGUUACAGAAUGCAAACUGGAUCACUUGUUAUUUGCCUUACCAGGCCCAGCGAGAAGAACUGGGAGAGAGAAUAAACUCUCGGUCAAAGAACAAACAAAACCAAUGGAAGCCAAGGAAGCUGCAAAGUCAUUUCAAAUCAUGUUGGAUGUCGUGCAAUUUCGUCCAGAAGAUAUCAUGAUCCAAGUGUUUGAAGGAUGGCUUAUUAUCAGGGCCCAGCAUGGGCGAAGAAUGGAUGAACACGGCUUUAUUUCUCGAAGUUUUACAAGGCAGUUUAAUCUACCAGACGGUGUGCAGACCAAAGAUCUUUCUGCAAUGUUAUGUCACGAUGGCAUUUUGGUUGUGGAGACAAAACCUUAGCUUCUGAAGAAUUAUAAUGUUGUAGAAGCUGUUCAUGUUCAAUUAUUUUACAUGGAUAACAAAAAUUAAAAAGCUUAGUAAUUAUACUACUGUAACAGCCAGAAAUUGCGAUGUUAUGUAACCGUAUUUAGAAGAGGGAGUCUCGCACAGAUUAAAUACAGUGAAAAUAGUAGACUUAAUUUAUCCACUUAAUUGUCAUGUCAUGGUUACAAUUUCAUAAACUCUAAUCCAAGGAAUGAAUCUCUGGAGUAUAUCUCAAGUUUUCUUUGUGAUAGCGGUGCUGGAAACAUUUUUUACAUAUUUACAUUGAUGGACUGUGUGUGAUUUCAAUUAAUCAUUAUUGUUUUUACUGAAUAUAUAAAAUUGCAGAAAAUGUAGGAGAGAUAUAUUUUGCUUUAGCAACACCCUGCAAUGUCACAACUAUUUUAUGAAUAACAUGAAAAUAUAAAUGAGUGUCAAGUUAAUGCAGAAUCUAAUACAUAAGUGUUGCUGAAAUAUUAA